AUGUCUGUCUUUAAUGACUCUGUCCUAUACCCCUGCUUCCUCCUGACAGGCUUCUCAGGCCUUGAAAGCAGAUAUGGCUUAAUUUCCCUCCCUAUUUUCUUGGUUUAUGCCACCUCAGUUGCAGGGAACAUUACCAUUCUAUUUAUCAUCAGAACUGAGCCUUCCCUCCACCAACCAAUGUAUUACUUCCUGUCAAUGCUGGCAUUUACUGAUCUGGGCCUAUCCACUACAACCUUGCCUACUAUGUUCAGCGUUUUCUGGUUCCAUGCCCAGGAGAUCUCUUUCAAUGGCUGUCUGAUCCAGAUGUACUUCAUUCAUGUUUUCUCAAUUAUUGAGUCAGCUGUGCUUUUGGCUAUGGCCUUUGACCACCUGGUAGCAAUUCGAGCACCCCUGCGUUAUGCAGCCAUUUUAACCAAUGAUGUAAUCAUUGGGAUUGCUUUGGCAAUCACCGGAAGGGCCUUGGCUCUGGUCUUUCCAGCUUCUUUCCUCUUAAAAAGGCUUCAAUAUCGUCCUGUCAAUAUUCUCUCCUACCCUUUCUGCCUGCACCAAGACCUCAUCAAGACAACUGUAUCCAGCCGUCGGGUCAGCAGCAUCUAUGGCCUCGUGGUGGUCAUCUGCUCCAUGGGACUUGAUUCAGUCCUCCUCCUCCUUUCCUAUAUCCUCAUCCUUGGCACAGUUUUGAGUAUAGCCUCUAGGACAGAAAGAGUGAAAGCUCUUAAUACCUGCAUCUCUCAUAUCUGUGCUGUACUCACUUUCUAUACACCAAUGAUUGGACUAUCUAUGAUCCAUCGCUAUGGGCAGAAUGCUUCCCCAUUUGUCCAUGUGUUCAUGGCCAAUGUCUAUUUGCUGGUGCCACCCCUCAUGAACCCCAUUGUCUAUAGUGUCAAGACCAAGCAGAUUCGUGACAGAAUCCUCAAGAAAUUCAACCAACAGAAAGUUUGA